AUGACGUUUUUGUACGAUGUCAAAAGUGUAUAUGUACAUGAAUUCGACCGGGGGGUUGUGAGUGACCAGGAUGGGACGAUGAACGAUGACGUUUCGCCAAUCCCUGGACCGAUAAACGGGGUUGUUCGACGAGGAGCAAAGACAAAAAAAGAGAAUCGACGAACAAGGCCCCAUCCGGCCGUCAUGAAUGGUAACCCUAGCGCGGGAGACGCAAUGCCGCAGGCCGUCUAUCCGAAGCCAGAGUGGUGA